AUGCUGCGGCAUCUCGUGCUUCUCCUCUCGUUUUUGCAGCUCUCGGCGCUGCCCCCUUCGUGCUACGCGGACUCGGACAUGCUGCCGCCUCCGCCGCCCGUCUUGGGCCUCUCCAAGGCCGAUCUGUGCGCUCUGGACAUCGACCGCUCGCACCACGCUCUGGGGCUCGUCAAAGUGACGCCGGAGCCGCCUCCCGCGCAAAAAUCCGGGGAAAAUCGCAUGUAUCCACGGAUUUUCUGCUUCGUGAACACCAUCUCGGUGCACCACAAGACCCGCGCGCAGGCCGUGGCGGAGACGUGGGGCCAGCGCUGCGACAAGCUCAUGUUCUUCAGCAACACCACGGACACCAUCGUUGUGGCGGCCAAUACAGAUAGAGAGCAGCGCUACGAGGUGGUCAAGAUGGACGUCAUCGCCGAUCACAACCACCUGUGGCAGAAGCACAAGGCCACGCUGCGCUACGUGCACGAGCACUUCCGCCACGACUUCGACUGGUUCUACAAGGCCGACGACGACGCGUACGUGGUCAUGGAAAACCUGCGCCAGUAUCUGCGGAGGCCCGAGAUCUUACAGGCCUACAAGAGGGAGCCCAUGCAGAUGGGCCACCGAUUCAACUUGACCCAGGACCUGGUGAGCUACUACAUCGUGGACGACUCGCUCGAGAACAUUUGGCGGUCGAGGUGGGAGCGGUGGGUCUUCAACUCGGGAGGACCGGGCUACGUCAUGAACCGACUGUAUAUGGACAAGAUCGUGAACAUUCUACCCGACUGGACGUGCCUCUCGGACCGAUACAGCGAGAUGCUGCCGGACGACGCGUCCAUCUCGUUCUGCAUGAUGUGGCACGAUGUCUUCCCGUGGGAUACGCGCGACCACGAAGGAAGAGAGCGCUGGCACGCGGAUAAGCCCAAGGGCGUGUACUUCACGAACCCGAACCGACAUGACUACUGGUACGUGCAGUAUCACUACCACAUCGGCGGCGUGCGGUGGAAAGAGGGGUCUGCUGCGCCCGACAGCGUGGCCUUCCACUACAUCAGCCCGCCGCUAAUGUACCAUCUAGAGCGCACGCUGUACUUGUGUCGAGCUGAAGACGACGUACCCGACGUCGCUGCUUUCAACGCAAAGUACGGGCUGGUUAUUGGAGACGACGUCAUGGUGUUCCAGGACAUGCCGCAGAAGAAGCCCUUCCGGGCGCCAGUAGAGGAAGCACCAGCAGAGACGGAAGCUCCAGGCCAAGCAGAAGGUGGCGCCAACGCAGAAAGAUAA